AUGGGGAAAACUCGGACUACAGUCUUGAUCUGGAAUGGAGAAAGAUGGUUCGAUGGACCGAAGAAGGGAAAAGAGGUAGGAGGAGCAUUGCCACAUGAUAUUUAUUCUUUCACGUACGUCUUGUGUGCGCCUUCUGCGAGAACCGUGUUUGAGAGCAAUAUUUCUCACGGAAAGCUUUGUGGCAUGGGACUGGCCAUCGGCCAGGAAAAGGAAGCUGGAGCAUAG